AUGGUUUGCGUUCCGUGCAUUAUCAUCCCCGCCCUGAUCUGGCUCUACAAAAACUACCUGGCAAAAUAUCUCGAUCCAGUUCUCGCGCCAGUGCUUGGCCCGAUUUUGAAGCCAAUUUACGCAGCGAUCGAGCCUUAUGUCGGGAAAUACAUCAAUCCUCCUCCAGCCGGAAGUUCGGGCGGGACUUGCCCAGUCUCUGGAAAAUCUUCGUCUGAUUCUGACGCCAAAUGUCCUGGCGAAUCUACUUCUAGCGCUGCGUCUCCAUCAUCUCCAAGAAGAAGAACCAAAAAAGCAGAAUAA